AUGUUAAAACCUAAAGCCCUUACUCAAGUUCUGAGCCAAGCCAAUACGGGAGGAGUUGAAAACACAUUAUUACUCAAUCAUCAAGGAGCUUUAUUAGCUUAUUCGGGUUAUAAUGACAAGGAUGCACGAGUUACUGCAGCAAUAGCGAGUAACGUUUGGUCAGCAUACGAAAAACAUGGAAGAAAUGUUUUCAAAGAAGAUAAAUUGCAUUUGAUAUUAGUUGAUUGUUUGAAUGGAAAAAUAGCAAUAACUCAAGUAGCUAAUCUAUUAUUAUGCCUUUAUGCAAAGGAAACUGUUGGUUUUGGUAUACUUAAGGAAAAGAUUCAUGCAAUAGCCCAAUAUUUGGAAGGACCAUUAAAGCAGGUAGCUACUUCGUAA